AUGAAUGUAUACAAAAAGCUGCAGAAGCUGAUAAAAGAUGAGGUAGAUAAGCUUGCUUAUAUAGGUGUGCAAGACAUGGAGACUGAGGGAACGUGGUUAGACAUUGAUGGUAACAAACCGCCGCUCUUGCCUUGGAGGAAGGGCGAGCCCAACAACUAUGACGACGAGGACUGCGGUGUGGUCCAUCCCGAUGGCGGGCUUCUGGACGACAGAGCCUGCUGGAUGUCUCGGCCCUUCGUGUGCGAGCGCCGCUUGCAGAAGCCGAUACCGUCCGGGUACACGUGGAGCAGGCAGGCCCAAAGGUUCUACAAGAUCCUCAGUCAGGAGAAAACGUUCCUGGAAGCGAGGAGAGUCUGCGAACAAGACGGCGGCGCCCUGCUGUCGAUCGAUACGAACAUCGAGGCGCUUUAUGUGUUACGGUUGUUCCCCGCCACUCGGUUCGACCCCUGGGUGGACCUCAGCGACGACGCGGCCGAAGGCCUUUUCGUGGACAGCAGAGGGCAUCCCCUGGAGUCCAAGGAGUUUCAUUUCUGGAGGCUUGGAGAACCGGAUAACGGCGCCGGGCACGGGCCACACAACUGCGUCAUCCUGGUUGGCUUCGGCUAUUACGUGGACGUCUCGUGCGAAGACACACACCCCGUCGUGUGUGAACUCACUCCGUACUAG